UCUGCAUUUCAUCAUCUCAGGGCAUCGCAAGAGGGAGGCAUCCUGCAAGUUGAAUUCCUACUUUAUGUGAGUAAAUUGAGUCUCUAGGAGGAUGAACACAUUUCUGAAGGUAACAAGGGGGAAAAUUAGAAGCAAUGAAUAAACCAGUGGAAAAACUUCAGAGAAAUGAAUGAUAAGUUUUAUUUUCCUAUAAUCUUUGUUUCAAAAUAUCCUUCAUACCAUGAACUUCAGUGAAAUAUAUGUCGGUUCCUGUGGGGAUGUAUGAAUACACCCACAGCAGAUUGCACAUACAAAACCUCGGUCAACAAAUAGAGAAUGGUUUCAUUGUCUGCAGUAGCAUUCCCUGAUUGGAAACAGUCCCUUGGGUAUUCAUUACUGAAGAUAAAUCCCACCCCUUGAAACUGCGGCCACCUCGCUCAUGAUACCAGACAAGACACUGCUGGUGAAUCCAUUUGUUCUUCUCAGCUUUAGACCAACACAGGUGAUUAACCAGGAAACUCUGAAUAAAAUGUUGAAGAAAAAACUCAGUGAUUUUCAUCAAUCAAACUCUGCUUAGAUUAGGCUCGGACGCUUAACCAAGUUAUUCAAGUUGCCGCCUCACGUACCAGCUUGUUACUCUGAUUAUUCUAACAGUUACUCCCCUGUGAAUAUUAACUUGGUUGUAACAAUGAUGUUUCCAGGAAUCGAAAAGAGGGCACAUAGCCUGAAAAAUAAUAUUUGUCCUGCUUCCAGCUAUCUGAGAACUGUGGCUCACAUGUCUUUUCCAGAUUAUUUUGGGAUCAUCUGAAAGCCUGGGGAGGCCCUGAUGUGCAUCUCCAAUAAGGGUGGCAAAAUGAUAAAAUUCACUCUCUUCUUCGGUCCGCGCAUAUGACGUAAUGUCUCCUCAAGUUCCAUCUCCUUCCGCGUCACAUGGAACGUAUCUCUCAGUCUGUUGUCAAACUACGAUGACAUGUCUGUAGCUAUCAGAAAGAGAAGCUGGGAAGAACAUGUGACCCAAUGGAUGGGGCAGCCUUUUAAUUCCGAUGAUUGUAACCCAGCAUGCCAUCAUGGACUAGUAGCUGACAGCUCCCAGGCAAGUAUGGAAAAAGAUGCAACUUUAAAUGUGGAUCGCAAAGAGAAGUGUGUUUCACUGCCAGACUGCUGCCAUGGCUCAGAGCUGAGAGACUUUCCUGGGAGGCCAAUGGGUCACAUUUCAAAGGAGGUGGAUGAAAAUGACAGCCCCGAAGGUGAAGAUCAGUUUCUUUCUCUGGAGGCCAGCACGGAAACACUAGUGCACGUGUCUGAUGAGGAUCCCGAUCCCGAGCCGUAUGUUACAGAUGAUAAACAAAUUUUAACUACGCAAGGACAUAAGAUAUCAGACCAACAUACUAUCAGAGGAGCAGGCUCCUUAGUAAAGACACUGCCCGUCAUGGAAGGUAACCAAAGUAACUCCCGGGAAAUGGCUGGCGGAGCUGACUUGGCACUGGUAGAAGAAAAGAGGGGGAAAAAACCUGUUGACACUACAAGUAAAAGCCUGGAGCUUUGUAAUGAUAUAAGCUUAAGUGAAGUAAAAGAUGCAUCCAAAACAAAUGCAUGUGACUCUUCACAUGUGAAAGAUAUUGUGCCUGAGAAGCAAUUGCUUAAUUCGGCUGUAAUUGCUCAGCAACGAAGAAAACUUGACUUCCCUAAAGAUGAACAUGAAAGAAACACCUGCGGUGUAGUACAGGAUGAGUUCUUAGCUAUUCCUCACAAGGGCAGAGGACUGCCAUUAUUAAAAGCAGAUUCUGGAAGCUGCCUUCUGCAACCUCCUUCCUGCCCUGAUGGAAUGUCAGCUGAAAAUGGCCUCGAGAAGAGUGGUUUCUUAGAACAUCAAAACAAAUGUCUUCCAAAGGUCAACUCAGAAAAUGGCAUGCGGUGUUUACACUUAAAGGAGACUCUGGCCACCCAGGAACCCACAGAUAAUCCGGUCAGACUUCGCAAAAGAAAGGAAAUAAGAGAAGAUCGAGAUAGGGCGCGGCUAGACUCCAUGGUGCUGCUAAUUAUGAAACUGGACCAACUUGAUCAGGACAUUGAGAAUGCCCUCAGCACCAGCUCCUCUCCGUCCGGCACACCAACAAACCUGCGGCGGCACGUUCCUGAUCUGGAGUCAGGAUCUGAGGCGCAAACGAAUUUGUCUUCUCACACCGAAUCCAGUGACCUACCAUCUUCCACCCCAGUGGCCAGUUUUGGAACCAAACCCAAGUCUACGGCUACUCCAGGUAUUUCAGAGAAGGAAACGGCUGAAAUUGAAGCGAAGGAAGCUUGUGAUUGGCUACGGGCAACAGGUUUCCCCCAGUAUGCACAGCUUUAUGAAGAUCUUCUGUUCCCCAUUGAUAUUUCCUUGGUCAAGAGAGAGCAUGAUUUUUUGGACAGAGAUGCCAUUGAGGCUUUAUGCAGGCGUCUCAAUACUUUAAACAAAUGUGCAGUGAUGAAGCUGGAAAUUAGUCCUCAUCGGAAGAGAAGUGAGGAUUCGGACGAGGACGAGCCCUGUGCAAUAAGCGGCAAAUGGACUUUCCAGAGGGACAGCAAGAGGUGGUCCCGGCUGGAAGAGUUUGAUGUCUUUUCUUCAAAGCAGGACGCAGCCCCCGGGGCCCCCGACGAUGCCCACCUGAAGAACGCGGCGAGCCAUGAAAGCAUGCUGACGGACCUCAGCGAGCGCCAGGAGGUGGCCUCGGUCCGCAGCCUCAGCAGCACCGGCAGCCUCCCGGUGCACGCGCCUCACACCGGGGACGCGGCGACGCCCCGCACGAACUCCGUCAUCAGCGUGUGCUCCUCCGGCAACUUCGUGGGCAAUGACAACUCUUUCUGCAGCCUGCCCUCCCCCAAGGAACUGUCCAGCUUCAGCUUCAGCAUGAAAGGCCACGAGAAGAACGCCAAGUCCAAGACGCGCAGCCUGCUGAAACGCAUGGAGAGCCUGAAGCUCAAGGGCUCGCACCACGGCAAGCACAAGGCGCCUUCCAAGCUGGGGCUGAUCAUCAGCGGGCCCAUCCUGCAGGAGGGGAUGGACGAGGAGAAGCUGAAGCAGCUGAACUGCGUGGAGAUCUCCGCGCUCAACGGCAACCACAUCAACGUGCCCGCGGUUCGCAAGCGGAGCGUUUCCAACUCCACGCAGACCAGCAGCAGCAGCAGCCAGUCGGAGACCAGCAGCGCCGUGAGCACGCCCAGCCCGGUCACCAGGACCCGGAGCCUCAGCGCCUGCAACAAGCGGGUGGGCAUGUACCUGGAGGGCUUCGAUCCGUUCAAUCAGUCCACGUUCAACAACGUCAUGGAACAGAACUUCAAGAACCGCGAGACCUACCCAGAGGACGCAGUGUUCUACAUCCCGGAAGAUCACAAGCCCGGCACCUUCCCCAAGGCGCUCUCCAACGGCAGUUUCUCUCCGUCAGGGAAGAACAGCUCGGUCAACUGGAGGACUGGAAGCUUCCACGGCCCGGGCCACAUCAGCCUGAGGAGGGACAACGGCAGCGACGGCCCCAAGGAGCUUAAGCGACGCAAUUCGUCCAGCUCCAUGAGCAGCCGCCUGAGUAUCUAUGACAACGUGCCGGGCUCCAUCCUCUACUCCAGUUCGGGUGACCUGGCCGACCUGGAGAACGAGGACAUCUUCCCCGAGCUGGACGACAUCCUCUACCACGUGAAGGGGAUGCAGAGGAUAGUCAACCAGUGGUCGGAGAAGUUUUCAGACGAGGGAGACUCCGACUCAGCCCUGGACUCGGUCUCUCCGUGCCCGUCGUCUCCCAAACAGAUACACCUGGAUGUGGACAACGACCGAGCCACGCCCAGUGACCUGGACAGUACCGGCAACUCACUGAACGAGCCGGAAGAGCCCUCCGACAUCCCGGAAAGGAGGGAUUCUGGGGUUGGGGCCUCUCUGACAAGGUCCAAUAGGCACAGACUGCGAUGGCACAGUUUCCAGAGCUCCCAUCGGCCGAGCUUAAACUCUGUAUCGCUGCAGAUUAACUGCCAGUCUGUGGCCCAGAUGAACCUGCUGCAGAAGUACUCGCUCCUAAAGUUAACCGCCCUGCUGGAGAAGUACACGCCUUCGAAUAAGCACGGUUUUAGCUGGGCUGUGCCCAAGUUCAUGAAAAGGAUCAAGGUUCCAGACUAUAAGGACCGGAAUGUGUUCGGGGUCCCUCUGACGGUCAAUGUGCAGCGCACAGGACAGCCCCUGCCCCAGAGCAUUCAGCAGGCCAUGCGCUACCUCCGCAACCACUGUUUGGAUCAGGUUGGGCUCUUCAGAAAGUCGGGUGUCAAGUCCCGGAUUCAGGCUCUGCGCCAGAUGAAUGAAAGUGCCAUAGAUUGUGUCAGCUAUGAGGGACAGUCUGCUUAUGAUGUAGCAGACAUGUUGAAGCAGUAUUUUCGAGACCUUCCUGAGCCACUAAUGACGAACAAACUCUCGGAAACCUUUCUACAGAUCUACCAGUGUGUGCCCAAGGACCAGCGCCUCCAGGCGAUCAAGGCCGCCAUUAUGCUCCUGCCUGAUGAGAACCGGGAGGUUCUACAGACGCUCCUUUAUUUCUUGAGUGACGUCACGGCCGCCGUCAAAGAAAACCAGAUGACGCCCACCAACCUGGCUGUGUGCCUAGCGCCCUCCCUUUUCCACCUCAACACCCUGAAGAGAGAGAAUUCUUCUCCAAGGUACGGGUCAGACGAGAUAUGCACGCACAUGCUCUGUUCUUCCAACAAACGCAACCUACCUUUCCUCCUCAGUUGUCCCUGGGUUUUCGUUGGUUUCACACUCGAGUCAAGCACAAAGGAGUUUGGCCUCCAUCCUUCACGGUCCCCUUACUUCCCUCCUUUCUUCUCAGCCCUGGGGGCGUAACUUUCCAGACAGUCUAGUGACAACGACGCUUUGAGAGCAAUUUGGAUGUGUGCUUCUCUAUGGCAAGUGUUUUCCCUGAACCCCCCCCCCCCCCCCCCAGUGCCCUCUGUGACGUUGCCAUCAAACUUUCUCCCAGCAAAGGAUCAUGAGGAUUUGCUGACCUAAAAAACUGGAUGGGGAUAAGGCCCUUGCUGCCUUGACUUCUGCAGAGUCAACAAAGCCAAGCCCCCAGCCUGUGCUG